AAGUUUGGUAAGGGAGUUCAAUUUGAAUGCAGAAGGGCGCAAGACAGGGACAAACAGUGGUUUUUCAGGGGAAAAGUCGGAAAAUCGAUAUCGCUUCAUGAGUCUCCACAGCUGAUGUAGACGACAGGUUAGAAAGUCUUGGAUUUUCACAUUCUCUUCAAAUUGUCGAGAAGUGAAAAGUGCAUCGGAAGCGACGCAAAAGAGCUUCAACAUAUAUAGAAUGGAUAUCUCUCCACAAGUUUAAGCUGUAGAUAAAUUUUUCCAGAGAAAACUUCUUCACCCCGAGAGCAAUGGAUUCAAUGGGCCUAGGUUACUCCUACCACCUUCCAUCUGGUGGCUUUUUCCAGCGCGUCCGGAACUCGCUCUCGUUGGCUCAGUUUAGCGAUCUCUUUAGCGAGUUCAACGAGUACAUCGCUCCGGCCUACCAUCAUGACCGCUGUGAGAGAUCCGUUCACAUGCGCCUCUACUCCAUGAAUAAGCGGGAAUUCGUGAUGGUCUUCCUGGCUUUCUUCGCCUGCUUCGGCCUGGGCAUUUUUAUUGGACUUGCGGGUCCGCCAAUCACCGCCACCACCGAAAUCAGUGCUACUUCCAUUCUACCCAAUGCCUCCGUAGUGGAGAACAAGCUAAUCAUGGCCACGGGGCCUUUCAGCAUGCGAAGUCCCCUCAUGACCAUGUACGCCCAGCAGCUCUGGCUAAUUGCACAAAUCUUCACUGAUAACAGAGAUGACGAAGCCUAUGAUAAAAGUUUCCAGGUGAGCCUCGUGAUUGAUGGACUCACGGCGGAUCAUAAGCCAGUGCCCAUUCUUUACGGAGAUAGCGUGAAGAAUAGGACACGUCAACUGAUCUGCCAGAGGAACACUUGCGAGGAAUUUACAGUUCUUCAUCUGGGCUUUCUGGAUUAUGCCCACUAUAUUGUCACCAUUCGCUUCUCCGGAUUAGAAUCCGUUCAUCGGCGGUACAACAUUAAACAGAUUAAGUUCUUCUUCAAAACAUACAAUCCAGCAUUCACUCAGAUUGAAAUUUGGUUCAGAUUCAUUUUCCUGCUCUUCACAUUCAUAGUGACGUGCUGGUAUGCUCAUACGUUGCGGAAGUAUUCGGUGAAUCAAUGGUCAAUUGAGCAGAAAUGGAUCUCUGUGCUUCUUCCUCUGCUCCUCCUUUACGACAAUCCCCUCUUUCCGUUGAUCUUCCUGAUGAACUCUUGGCUUCCGGGAAUGGUGGAUGCUCUCUUCCAAGCCACCUUUCUCUGCGCCUUGCUCAUGUUCUGGCUGUGCAUGUACCAUAGCUUCAGGCAGAAUGAGCGUCGCAUUCUCACGUUCUACGUGCCGAAACUGAUCGUUGUGGCGCCUAUCUGGCUCUGUGCUAUUGUCCUGGCCACGUGGGAAAAAUGCAAUGAGCUGAGAGAUCCCACAUACAGCCACUUCAUCGACACAGGCAACUACUCCUCCUUCAAGAUCUUCUUCUACCUCUCCAGUGGGGUUUAUGUGCUGUACUUGGGACUCCUGAUCCUCAGGGCAUACAGCGAAUUGCGGUCGAUGCCCUACUUCGACAUGAGGCUCAAGUUCCUCACUCUCUUGAUGCUGUUUGUGGUCAGCAUUUCACUGACAGUGACGAUGUAUCGCUUCGGCUUUGGAAUAUUGCAGGAUAACUUCAUGGCCACGCUAAAGACAACCUACAAGAGUUCGGCGCAAUUUAUGAGUUUCUACGGACUGCUGAACUUUUACCUCUUCACCAUGGCGUAUGUUUAUUCGCCUCAUGAUCGUCCUGUUCAUGAGCCUGCCAUCACAAAGGACAACCCCGCCUUCUCAAUGAUCAAUGAUUCGGACGAGGAUGUGAUCUAUGGUUCCGAUGACGAUAGCAGAAGGCCCCUCAACUCCACAGGUGGCAAAGGGAAUGACUACGACAGUGACUAAAAUGUCCUUUUCCCGAUGGAUUUGGACAGUCGCCAGUUAACGCCAGGUGGAGUGAAGAAUUUGAGAUUUUGUCAGUGCUGAAGAACGAAUUUUGUCUUGAAUUAGACAUUUGCGAUGGAAUUACUUCGCGUUAAUUAAGUGUGAGUUACAAUUAAUUCAAGGGCCAGCCAAAACUUCUUAUUUAAUUGUCUGAAAUUGGUGUAAAACAGUGGAUAAUUUAUGUGAAAACUGAUUUGGUGUUAAACAUCAUUGAACUUAUCAAGUAAAUUUGUAUUCAAUGUGAACCAAUUAAUGUACCUGUCUUUCAUUUCAAUCUGUCGUCAAUAAAGAUGUUUUAUUGG